AUGAGAUUACAAAAUGCUGCUUCCUCUUCUUUGGCUAUGGAAAUCAAAGAAUUUGCAGACUGGCUUCUUCAACUAGGGGAUGGAACAAUUAAGCCAAUCGAUGAUGAUGAUUCUAUUAUAGAGGUUCCCUCUGAUUUGUUGGUAAGGGAGUCUGAUAAUCCUUUACUUGAAUUAGUAAAUUUUUCAUAUCCCAAUGUUGUUGCUAAUUUGGAAAACCAUGAAUAUUUUGAACAAAGGGCACUCCUUGCACCUACUCUUGAAAGUGUUGAAGAGGUAAACAACUCCAUGUUGCCUAUGAUUCCUAGAGAGGAAACAAAAUAUUUGAGUUAUGAUACUCUAUUUAGGGUUCCUAUCAUGCUGAUUCGUAAUUUAGACCAGUCUGCUGGAUUGUGUAAUGGCACUAGAUUGAUGGUUACUGCAUUGACUCCGUACAAUGGAUUUGAAUUCAAUGAGGGAGAACAAGCAACAACUCUAAUGCAUAAGGAAGCUCUUAUUGUUGCAGAAUUAUAUUGCUGUAAUAUUGGGCUUUUUGUUGGAUUCAAUUGA